AUGGAUUCCAGCCAGAAGGAUAAGGGAGAUGAUCGUCUGAGCUACCAUGGAUCCGACAUCCAUGGUGAUUGGAGAUUCAGCAGCCCGCAGAUGAGUUUCUUCGGCCCUCCACCGGUCACUGAAGGGGAUCAGAUGUGCUAUUCUUCCUCUUCCUCCGCCAUGGCGGCCCCCUUCGGCCGCCGCCUCUGGGAGACCGCCGCCAAUUCCCAGAGCCCCGUCCUCCCUCCGCCCGCGCUCGACAUGCCGUGGAACCCUCCGGCAGCCAUGCCCGACGGAGGCGGGGCCCUCUUCUCGCGGAACGGCGCCGGAAUAUUCCUCCACGGGUUGUCUCAGUUCCCAGCGGACCCUCCUUUCGUCGAGCGGGCCUCGAGGCCCUCCUCCUUCAAUGGCUUCGCCGCCGGCGGGAUGGGGAGCCCUAGCUCCGGCCCUCGCGUGGUGAUCUCCGGAGCUCAUUCUCAGAGGAGCAAUCCGACCUCGGGGAGAGCACCACCCAAGAAUGACGACCGCCAUGAUCAUGAGCUCGGAGCAGGAGGACACCAGGAGGAGAACCCUAGUUCCGGGACCACCGCCGGCGACCCUUCCUCCGCCGGGUUGUUGCCCAAGAAGAGGAAGAGGGGAAACCAGGUGAGCAACAGUUCUCCGCAGAAUUUCGGGGCAAAACGCGAAGCAGACACUCCAAAUUUCUACCUCCCAAUCGACGAUAUUAUCUCCAUUGUGUGCUCAGUCUUCUGCAGGAUUUUGAGGAACAGUCGAUCGCCGGUCUCCUCAUCGUGUUCUUCCUUCCUUGAUCUCAGGAGGUGGUGUUGGAGCCGGAGCAGACCACGGGGGACGCUCAGCGCUCUGUGGAGGCCCCGAAGGAGAACCAUGGGAAUAAAAUGGUGGAUGAGCGGAAGAACUCGAGCUCGGAGCACGGCAAGGACUCUGCAGAGCCGCCCAAAGAGGACUACGUCCAUGUCAGAGCCCGGCGAGGGCAGGCCACCAACAGCCACAGCCUCGCGGAGAGAGUAAGCAUUCCAGGAGGAAAUUAUGAUAUUUUCAAAUGGGGCGAACUCCUUGGGUCCAAUUUCGCCUACUCAGAAACCAAUUUGAUCUUUUCUUCGAUGGGUUUGAUUUCAAUCGCAGGUCAGACGUGAGAAAAUCAGUGAGCGGAUGAAGUUUCUUCAAGAUCUCGUCCCAGGUUGCAGCAAGGUUGUUGGAUAGAAUUAGAUUCAUAUCAACAGAAAACCCACCCAGUUCAAUAAUCAUCACAUAUAUAUAUAUAUAUAUCAUCAUCAUAGUUCGUAAUUUCAACCUAAACAGGUCACGGGGAAAGCUGUGAUGCUUGAUGAGAUCAUCAACUACGUUCAAUCGCUUCAGAGGCAGGUCGAGGUAUGCCGCCCGUGGAGAUCGUCCUCCUGUUCUUAGUGUCCUAAAUUGUUCCUCUUUUCUGACUUUUUUUUUUCCUUUUCAUCUCGACGGGCUUCUGGGUUCUGAUCCUCUCUCUGUCCUUCCCUUCCCACAGUUCCUCUCGAUGAAGCUGGCGACCGUGAAUCCUCAUCUCGACUUCAACAUCGAAGGGCUCUUCUUGAAGGAGGUGAUCGAAGUCAAAACCCAGAUAGCCCCUCCAAGUUUUCCAUUUUUAGUAUGGUUGCGAUGAUAUCUGAUGGGCUUUCCAUGGUGUAACUUAUCGGUCAUGCGUGCUCCAGAUUCUCCAGUCGCAUUCCGUUCCCAUGUCCUCGAUCGGAUUUCCGCCCCAGAUCGCUCCUCCCCAGUUGCAUCCAGGGCAGAGCUCCUUGGUCCAGCCAGGGAUUCCUAGAACAGGAAACCCUUCGGAUGCCCUCAGGAGGGCCGUUAAUGCCCAGCUCGCUGCCGUGACCACCUACGGGGAGUCGGCAAAUCAGGUGCGGUGAUAUCCCCCCCCUCUCUCUCUCUUCACCACUAUUCCAUUCAAUAUAAGAACUAAAACUUUGUCCUAUGUAUGAAAAAUUCCCCAUUAAGCAUAGGGAUAGUCUUCUGCAAUGGGAUGAUCGCCUCGCCCCCAAAUUAUAUUUGAUCAUUCACUAAGUUUGAUACCAUUAUGGUGCCCAUUUUGCCUAUGAUUAUCAGAAAAUGAACUAAUGAUCUGGGUUGAUUCUCUACUCUGACCCGCAUCAUGCGGUCGUUCUCUACUGAUGGAUCUUUGAGCCGUUGUUUUCAUCUAUGUUCUAGCUCCAAAAAAAAUAAAAAAAAAUAAGGAAAAAUUUUGGUGCCAAUUUUUCCUUGGAUUCUCAGAAAAUGACCUAAUUUACCGCGGUUGAUCCUACUCUCGGCCUAUCUUUCUAUUAAUAGAUUUUUGACCCCCAUUUAUUUAUCUAUUUAUUUAUUUUCUCCCAUCUGUUUUUGGCCCACAGAUCCCCAGCGCCUGGGCCGAGGAGCUUCAUAAUAUUCAGGUCGGCGCCCAAGAUUUCCACGGUGAUACUCCGAAUCUCUUCCAUGUUAAUCCAAGAUAAAAUCUUUAUAAUCUCCGGUUUAAGACUCUAGGAAUAAUCGAUGUGGGUCUUUUUUAUUUUCUGCAGGCAGCCAUCUGAAAGCCGAGCGCUGA